UUCACAUCUUCCGUUUCUUCUUUUAAAGAGAGUUCAGAGUUGCGCGCGCGCGAGAGAGAGAGAGAGAGAGAGAGAGAAAUGGGAGGAGGAGUGAGAAGGAUGGCGAAGAAGGCUUUGGGAGAGAUGAAGUUCAACAUGGGUGGAGGUAUCAUCAACUGGUUCCCCGGUCACAUGGCUGCUGCUACUCGUGCCAUUCGCGAUCGCCUUAAGCUCGCCGAUCUCGUCAUCGAAGUUCGGGACGCCCGUAUUCCAAUGUCUUCUGCGCAUCGAGAUCUCCAACCUUUUCUUUCUGGCAAAAGGCGUGUCAUUGCUCUAAAUAAAAAAGAUUUGGCCAACCCUAAUAUCAUGCAUAAAUGGAUUAAUUAUUUUGAAUCCUGCAAUCAUGACUGCCUGUCCAUUAAUGCACACAGCAAGGGUUCCGUUAAGAAGCUUCUAGAACUUGUGGAGUUCAAAUUGAAGGAAGUGAUUUCAAGGGAACCUACUCUGCUUGUCAUGGUGGUUGGUGUUCCCAACGUCGGGAAGUCUGCAUUAAUUAAUUCUGUGCAUCAUAUAGCAUCAUCUCACUUUCCUGUGCAGGAGAAGAUUAAGCGAGCUAGAGUGGGACCAUUGCCUGGGGUCACUCAAGAUAUUGCAGGAUACAAGAUAGCACAUCAGCCUAGCAUAUAUGUUCUGGACACCCCAGGGGUGUUGGUUCCAAGUAUUCAAGACAUAGAGACAGGUUUAAAGCUAGCUCUAGCAGGGUCCGUGAAAGACUCAGUUGUUGGUGAAGAGCGUAUUGCUCAAUACUUAUUGGCGGUUUUAAACACUCGAACCACUCCUCUUCACUGGAGGCGCUUCAGUAACAGAAAAAUUGAAGAGAUUCAGCAUGAAUCUGAGGAAAGAUAUAAUAUUAAGGAUCUUCUUCCAAAAAGGAGGAAGCCACCAACCGGGUCUGAUGUGCAGUACAUUGAGAACGUCGUGACAGAAGUUCAAUGUGCACUCUACGUAACUCUCUCAGAAUUCAAUGGCAGUUUGGAGGAGGAGAGUGACUUGGAGAAUCUCAUUGAACAGCAGUUUGAAGCUCUGCAGAAGGCACUGAAGAUACCCCAGAAGGCAUCUGAAGCCCGCAUUAUGGUAGCUAAGAAGUUGCUCACUUUAUUUAGGACGGGUAAACUUGGUCCGUUCAUCCUUGAUGACUUGCCUGAUACAUCUUGCCCUGUAUCUUGACGAAACAUUAUUUUUAUUCAUCUCACAAUAAUUGAAGAAACAUAAUUUUCAUUUUUAUUUUGAUCA